CAGUUUCUCUUUCUCAUUCCAAAAAAAAAAACUAGAGAGAAUAUUCAGUGGUCGAAGGAUGGCGUCUCUCAAAAUUCCUGCAAAUGUUCCUCUUCCCGAAGAAGACUCCGAGCAGCUCCACAAGGCCUUUAAAGGCUGGGGAACCAACGAGGGGGUGAUCAUAUCAAUCCUGGCUCAUAGAAAUGCAGCGCAACGUAGCCACAUCGGAGCUGUUUAUGCAGCUAACUACAAUAAAAACCUUCUCAACGAAUUAGACAAAGAGCUAUCCGGUGAUUUUGAGAGAGCUGUGAUGCUGUGGACUCUUGAGCCAGUGGAGAGAGAUGCAAAUUUGGCCAAAGAAUCUACCAAGAUGUUCGCCAAAAACAACUGGGUUCUUGUUGAAAUCGCUUGUACUAGACCUGCCAUUGAGUUUUUCAAGGCCAAGCAAGCAUACCAAGCUCGCUACAAGACCUCUCUUGAGGAGGAUGUUGCAUACCACACAUCUGGAGACAUCCGAAAGCUAUUGGUUCCUCUUGUGAGCACAUUUAGGUACGAUGGAAACGCUGAUGAGGUCAACAUGAAGCUGGCUUCUUCGGAAGCUAAGACACUUCACAAGAAGAUUAGUGAGAAGGCUUACACUGAUGAAGAUAUCAUCAGAAUCUUGACAACAAGGAGCAAAGCUCAGAUCAUGGCCACCCUUAAUCACUUCAAGGACAAGUUUGGAAGUUCCAUUAACAAGUACUUGAAGGAAGAUUCAGAAAAUGAAUAUGUUCAGUUACUCAAAACCACAAUCAAAUGCUUGACAUAUCCAGAGAAGUACUAUGAGAAGGUUCUACGUCGAGCCAUCAACAAGUUGGGAACAGACGAGUGGGCACUCACUAGAGUGGUCACUACACGAGCAGAAGUCGACAUGGAGCGGAUCAAAGAGGAAUACUUACGCAGGAAUAGCAUUCCUCUCGAUCGAGCCAUUGCUAAUGACACUUCUGGUGACUACAGGGAUAUGCUUCUGGCCCUUCUCGGUCAUGACCAUUCUUGAAACAACAUCAUCUUAUCAUUGUCUUAAUAAAACAGUUGCAUGAUUGAUAAGUGUUCGUCAUUAUCUUUUGGUAACUGAUCCCUUGUUUUCUCGUUUCAUUGCAA